CAGCAAGAGCGAGCAUGGCAGAUGUUUUGUUGAGCGAUGCGGAGAAAACCUUUAUUGUUCAUGGAGUUCAGGAUAAUGUAAGAGAGGAUGGGAGAGGAUGUGAAGACUACCGUCACAUGGAAUUAGAGACAGACAUGGUGUCCAACACCAGUGGAUCAGCCAGGCUUAGGCUGGCUAACACAGACAUUUUGGUGGGGGUAAAAGCUGACAUGGGUCAGCCCACUGCUGAUAGGCCUAAUCAGGGCCGACUGGAAUUCUUUGUGGACUGCUCAGCAAACGCCACUCCCGAGUUUGAAGGCCGAGGUGGGGAAGAAUUAGCCACAGAAAUCAGCAACACGCUAGCACGAGCAUAUGACACAGCCACAAGCUUAGACCUGAACUCUUUAGUAAUUAUUCCAGGGCAGCAGUGUUGGGUCCUGUACGUGGAUAUCGUGUUACUGGAAUGUGGUGGGAAUCUCUUUGACGCAGUUUCAAUAGCCGUAAAAGCUGCCUUAUAUAACACUAAAAUCCCUAAUGUGACUGUUUCUGAGGAAGAAGGGCACACAGAGCUGGAGAUCUCUGAUGAUCCAUACGAUGUCAAACGUCUGAAUGUUGUCUCCUCCCCUGUUCUCAUCACACUCAGUAAGAUUGGGAACUGUCAUUUGGUAGAUGCCAGUCAGAAGGAAGAGUCGUGCUGUCUGGCCAGAGUUAUAAUGGGAAUAACAGACAAAGGUACAGUGACAGCCCUAAAGAAGGAAGGAUCAGGAAGCCUACACCCUGAUAGUGUCUUGGAUAUGAUGGAGUCUGGAAAGCGGGUUGGACAGGCAUUAAACAAGAGAUUAUUGGAAGUUUUGAAAGACGAAGAGAAACUAGGCAGCAAGAAACACACCAUGGGUUUUUUGAAGUGACCCGACAUUUGUCAGAAUAGGACUAGACAUUUUAUGUAAGGAGACUUGGAAAACAAUUGCCCUAUGAUGAUGGGCCAGUGAAAUGCCAUGAAUUCGUGUGUUGGCCCGUCAUGGACAUGCUUGUUGGAGGGGAUGAAAAUGCCAGACUAACAGCAAGACAAGAUGCAGGGAUCAUUUGACAUUCCAAUAGCAAUCAGAAUUUAAAGGCAGUGAUUCCAUGCCCCCGCUAAUGAAUGAGAAUGUAUGGGUAGUUCUACAGUUCAAUUUACUCCAAAGGCAGAUAUAAACUUCCUUUGUCUAAUGACUAACUACUACCAGUCAUUAACUCAUUCAUUCUUCAGACAAUUUGCCCCAUAUUAGUCAUGUCAAAGACAUGUACAAUAAAAUGGACUUUGUGACUUGA